UCUCAGAGGAACCGAUGCAGACGACAAAUAAUAUUGCUAUGGCGUUCAAUAACACGACUGAAAUUUUAGUCGAGGAUAUAGGCAAUUAUACCGGUUUCCUCGAAAGACCAGCUGAAUGGGGAUUUUGGACCAAAUUCGUAUUGACACCUGUGAUUGUACUGGCAGGACUUAUUGGAAACACUCUUUCAUUUAUUGUAAUGAGAUCCAAGACGUUGCGGAAGAAAUCUUAUUCCCAGUAUUUAAGUGUUCUUGCUAUAUUCGACACUCUUACACUCAUCAUUAGACAGGUUCGGAUUGUUGACGAAUACUACUUUAACAAGUUUGGUGUUAACGAAGUGUUCAAAAACUUCAAUGACAUCGGGUGUAAGAUCUUUCAUUACUCGGAGCAUGUGUCAUAUUUAAUGUCAUCAUGGCUUAUAGUGUUGAUGGCGAUGGAAAGGUUAAUAGCCGUGUGUUUCCCAUUCAAAAAGGCCGUGAUAAGAAAAAAGACAGGGGCUUCUUUGUGCAUAUCAAUCUUGUUUAUUAUGGUUUGCGUCAGUCAGUCAUUUAGACUUGUAAUGAUAGAACAAAUUGGUGAAGACAUACAAAAUUGUGAAGCAAGUUUUAUCUAUUUGGAUAUAUACACAAGUCUACACGUUUACUUCUAUCAAUGGACGCUCAUAUUUGCCUUACCGGUUGUUCUUGUCCUUGGAUGUAACGUUCUUGUAUUGUUUCAAAUAUUCAAAAUCAAACGGGAAGUGCGGACGAAGGAUAAACGGAAUCGCUAUAACAGAACCGCAAGGAAGAACAACAGAACAACGUGUAUGCUUCUUAUUGUAUCCUUCACUUUUAUUGGAACCCUACUUCCUUUGUUUGCGCUAACGCUUGUAGUGGACAUAGCUAUUAAGCGGUUAGGAAGCAAAGCUUAUUCAUUAUAUUGCUCACUUUGGCCAUUUAUUGAAACCUGUGAAGCAAUUUCGCUUAUAAACUAUGCUGCGAACUUCUUCAUAUACAUACUUGCAGAAGGAAAGUGGUAA